CCCCCUUUUUCCUUAUCAUCAUCACACUGCAAUUACCAAAUCCAUUCCUCUACAGCUUCUUCUUUUCCUUACCAAUCCACCUCCAAUCUCUUUGAAAUCAAGUUACAGAAAUCUUUUGUUCGUGUAGGAAAUUCGAGAAAUCUUAGGAAAAAAAAAUAUUAUUGUUGUUUAGAGAGAGGGUAAAUCCCAGGUAAACAAGUUGUAGACAUCACGGCUAUACACAAAGCAAACCGCCGACCAUUCUUACAUGUUCGUUCAGUACGACGUAAGGGUUGUGUAACUGCCACCAAUCCUGCGCCGCACGGCGGACGUGGCGCUUUGCCCUCUGAAGGCGGUAGUCCUUCCGACCUCCUCUUCCUUGCCGGCGGUGGUUCUCUCCUUUCUUCUUCCUGCUAGAUUUACUUACUUAUAUACCUUACAUAGUUAAUUCCUUCUCCGUAAAUUACUAAUUGUUUUGCACAUUAGCAAUUAUUAAGGUUGUUCUUGUACCUAGUAUUUUUACCUUGAAAAAUCAAAGCAAAAAAACCAAACAUGAUGCUCAAGAUUAAGAGGGUUCCUACACUUGUUUCCAACUUCCAAAAAGAAGAGGCUGAAGAAACUCUUGCUCGUGGUGCUGGCUGUGGCCGCAAUUGCCUCCGAUACUGCUGCCUUCCAGGGUCAAAGCUGCCGCUGUAUGCUUCCAAGAAUUUGAGAAAGGGCAAGUCUGUUGCCGAUGAAACCAAGGAACCUCCUGUUGACUUCUUGGAAUCCCUCCUUCUUGGGGAAUGGGAGGAUCGUCAGCAGAAAGGUCUCUUUCGCUAUGAUGUCACUGCUUGCGAAACCAAGGUUAUUCCUGGAGAAUAUGGUUUCAUUGCUCAACUGAAUGAGGGAAGGCACCUCAAGAAGAGGCCAACUGAGUUUCGCGUUGAUAAGGUGCUGCAGCCUUUUGAUGGAAGCAAGUUCAACUUCACCAAAGUUGGUCAGGAGGAGUUGCUCUUUCAGUUUGAAGCAAGUGAGGACAACGAUGUCCAAUUCUUUCCAAAUGCGCCCAUUGAUGCCGAGAAAUCUCCAAGUGUUGUUGCCAUCAAUGUCAGUCCCAUUGAGUACGGACACGUGCUUUUGAUCCCUAAGGUCCUUGAAUGCCUUCCCCAGAGGAUCGACAGGGACAGCUUAUUGCUUGCACUGCAAAUGGCUGCCGAAGCAGCAAACCCAUACUUCCGAUUGGGUUAUAACAGCUUGGGUGCAUUUGCUACUAUCAACCAUCUUCACUUUCAGGCUUAUUACCUGGCUGUGCCAUUCCCCAUGGAGAAGGCCCCCACUCGGAAGAUUACCUUUGCUGAUGCUGGGGUGAAGAUAUCUGAGAUGCUGAAUUAUCCAGUUCGAGGCCUUGUCUUUGAGGGUGGAAAUACUUUGGAGGAUUUGGCCAAUGUUGUCUCUGGUUCCUGCGUUUUCCUGCAAGAGAAUAACAUUCCCUACAAUGUUCUAAUCUCUGAUUCGGCAAAAAGGGUAUUCCUUCUCCCACAGUGCUAUGCAGAGAAACAGGCUCUAGGGGAGGUCAGCUCUGAACUGCUUGACACUCAAGUCAAUCCUGCAGUUUGGGAGAUUAGUGGACACAUGGUCUUGAAGAGGAAGGAGGAUUACGAGGGUGCAACCGAGGCAAAUGCUUGGAGGCUUCUCGCUGAGGUCUCACUUUCUGAAGCGAGGUUCCAAGAAGUGACGGCUCUCAUCUUUGAAGCCAUUGAUUGCAGUGUUGAGGAGAAUGAGAAUGCCACUGAAGGUUCUCCUGAGAAGCCAGAUGUUGCACCUCAGCCUAUGGAGGAAAUUGAUGCUCUCAACACCCAUGCUACCAUGGUUCCCGUCUAGGGUUUUCAUGGUCGAGCUGUGGUGUUUGUCCUGGUGUUACUAUUUCAAAUUUGCAACUAUAUGAACAUUGAGGGAGUUUCUAUCUAUGGCUGCCCUAGUGAAAUAUCCCUAAAUAAGGGUAGCCAUGUUCUAUGUAUUGAUGAAGUUGGUUGGUUCUUCUGUGAAUUGAACCUUGUCUAUUAUUGCUUCAUGUAAUGUGGAGUUGGUCAGUGUCCUCUGUGAAUUGACCUUGGGUAUUAUGUUUGCUGUCUGUUAUUUAAGACAAUAUAUUUGCUAAUGGAAGUUGGAGUUUCCCUAUUUAUUGUCAA